AUGGGGUUUCCAUGUACAUAUAUGAGCCGGGGGUACCCUAGUGCCUUCAUCGCCAGCGGCGCCCAAAAGGCCGGCGAGAAGCUCGACUGGAACACGCGCAGCUCCAAGCGCUCCAAACUGUGCUCCGCCCUCGUCCUCCUGUCCGCCGUCCUCACCCUCGGCGUCCUCUCGUCCGUGCUCGUCGUCGCCCAGCGCCGGGAAGCCGGCUCGCUGGUGCCGCUGUGGCCGUCGUACCAGGGCGGCUCGCGCGUCGUCGAGCACUGCGGCAACUCGCCCGAGGAGGCCCAGGCCCUGGGCUGCGUGUGGGACCUGAUGAGCUUCGGCUGGAUCCACCCGCGCUGCUACAACCCGGAGCAGUCGCAGCUGUGGAUGGACAAGUACGGCCCCUGGAAGUGGUACUACGACCUCAACGCCACCGCCGAGAUCCCCGACGACCAGCUCACCUCCACCCGCCGCGUCUACACCGAGCAGGGCUACCACGUCGUGCACUGUCUGUACAUCUUCAAGCUGCUGCACCUCGCUGGCAUGUCUGGCCACAUCGUCACCGACGAGGCCAUCCCCCUGGCCCACACCCAGCACUGCGUCGACAUGAUCUCCGCCCCCAAGUACACCGAUUUCAAGCACGUCAACACCAGGGUGGACAUGCUGUUUGCUCGCUGCGUCACCAUGGAUUGA